AUGCCGGAGUUCCAGCGCAGCAUGCGGUUGCUCGGGCGACGGCCGUCCACGCAACAGUUCAUCGACACCAUCAUCAAGAAAUAUGGGACGCACAUCUUGAUCUCAGCCACGCUGGGAGUCUGGUCUGGUCUGCUCUGCAGGGAGUUUGCACGUUGGAAGGUGAGGAACACGGCCAUCGAGAGGCGGGAUCUGAUCCGGAAUCCUCUGCCCUUGAUGCCGGAGUUCCAGCGCAGCAUGCGGUUGCUCGGGCGACGGCCGUCCACGCAACAGUUCAUCGACACCAUCAUCAAGAAAUAUGGGACGCACAUCUUGAUCUCAGCCACGCUGGGAGGUGAGGAAGCUCUCACCAUGUACAUGGCCAAGAACAAGCUGGACCGGAAGAUGGUCAACGCCACCCAAGGAGUCGAGGCACUGCACCAGCUCGCCUCCUCAUACUUCAUCGACCGCGACGGCACUAUGCGCAAACUCCACGAGAUCCAGAUCUCCAGCAACGCCAUCAAGGUGACGGAGACGCGGACGGGUCCACUCGGCUGCAGCACGUAUGAUAAUCUGGACUCGGUCAGUUCUGUGCUUCUUCAGAGCCCAGAGAGCAUGCAAAAAUUGUGA